AUGUCUGUUGAUGAACCUCAAGUUCGUCUUUUUACCAGGCAAAGGCUUCCUGGUGCUCAAGAAGAUGCUAUCGCAGAGAGAAUUUUGGAAUAUCUCCAAGAAGGAGAUGAGAAGGAUGAAGAGCCUCAGCCAUCAGACAUGUCGUUCUUCGACGGAGUUCCAGUGGCACCUCCAAUCGAGGUGUUUUUCAUGAACAAAAUGUUCUUAGACGAGACUGACUCACACAAGGUUAAUCUCACCGUCGGAGCCUACCGUACCGCUGAAGGCAAACCAUGGGUACUACCUGUUGUGAAAGCGGCAGAAAAAGCUUUGGCUAACGAUGACACAUUGAACCACGAAUAUCUGCCUGUCUUGGGACAUGGUGGAUUCUCUGAUGCUGCAUGUUCACUUGUUUUGGGACCCGACAGUCCGGCUAUCAAGGAGAAGAGGUAUGCUGGCGUACAAUGUCUAUCCGGAACCGGAUCUCUUCGCGCUGGUGGUGAAUUUCUUGCUCGAGUUCUUGGGCUAAAAACUAUUUACAUCAGCAAUCCUACUUGGGGAAAUCACAAGCUAGUCUUCACUAAUGCUGGAUUCACAAACUUUGGUAGUUACACGUAUUGGGAUAAAGAAAAGAGAUGUGUAAGCAUCGAGCAGAUGUUGAAAGACAUCGAGGCAGCUCCAGAAAAAUCAGUGAUCUUGCUUCACGGUUGCGCUCAUAAUCCUACUGGAAUGGAUCCUACUCGAGACCAGUGGAAACAAAUUUGUGAAGUCAUCAAGAAGAAGAAUCACUUCACAUUUUUCGACAUUGCUUACCAAGGUUUCGCUUCGGGAAGCCCAGACGAUGAUGCUUGGGCGGUUCGAUAUUUCGUGGAACAAGGCUUGGAAAUGAUGGUUGCACAAUCGUUUGCAAAGAACUUUGGAUUGUACAAUGAACGUAUAGGUAACCUAUGUGUAGUGUUCAAAGAUCCCAAAGUGCUUGAAGGAUUCAGAUCUCAAAUACAGCUGGUUAUUCGAGCAAACUGGUCAAAUCCUCCAGCUCAUGGAGCUCGCAUAGUUCAUAUGGUCCUUACUAACCCAGAAAUGCGCAAACAAUGGGAUGAUGCUAUCAAGACUAUGUCCUCCAGAAUCAAGGAGAUGCGAGCAGCACUUCGACAACAUUUAGAAGAAUUGAAAACGCCAGGCACUUGGAGCCAUAUUACGCAACAAAUUGGAAUGUUCAGCUAUACUGGUCUCAAUCCCGCCCAAGUUGAUCAUCUCGUCAAGAAGCACAAAGUAUUCCUUCUGAAAGAUGGUCGUAUCAAUGUCUGCGGUCUCAACCAUCAAAAUGUCGAAUACGUCGCCAAAGCAAUAGAUGAUGCUGUAAGGAAUGUGGCAGCUUCGAGCUUUCUUAGCGUGAUAGAUACGUGUCUGUGA